CCAACUCCUGAUCAACAUACACUAUAUUGCCAGAAGUAUUGGGACACCCCUCCAAAUCAUUGGAUUCAGGUGUUCCAAUCACCUCCAUGGCCACAGGUGUAUAAAAUCAAGUACCUAGGCAUGCAGACUGCUUCUACAAACAUUUGUAAAAGAAUGGGUUGCUCUCAGGAGCUCAGUGAAUUCAAGAAUGGCACCAUGAUAGGUUGCCACCUGUGCAAUAAGUCCAUCCAUGAAAUUUCCUUGCUACCAUAUUUCCACGGUCAACUGUUAGAGGUAUUAUAACAAAGUGAAAGCAACUGGGAACAACAGCACACAGUGCACUCUGCCACUGGACUCAUGUUCUCUGGAGAUGUGUUCUCUGGAGUGACUAAUCACACUUCUCUGUCUGGCAAUCCGACAAUCCGUGUCUAGGUUUGGCGGUUGCCAGAAGAACGGCACUUGCCUGACUGCAUUGUGUCAAGUGUAA